CUAUUCCUAACGUGCUCCGCAGGGAUACCAAACACACCCUCGUCGUUCUUCUUUGCUUCUCCCGUUCAACGAUCGGAGCUUAUCGGAUUCGGAUCCUCACAGUGCUCCACCCGACUCCGAUAUGGAUCCGCAACCCGCUCCCGCCGGUGAUAACCCCGCCCCCAAGCAACCCCUCGUCGACGUUGUCCCCAAAUCCCUAGAUCCCCCUCCUCCCAAUCCCCAACCCUCCCCCAAAUCCGUCUCCUGGAGCCCCGAUCUCACGCAGGAGUCUCCGCCGCCGCCGCCACCAAUGCCGGAGGAGCACAACCCUUACGUCUCCGCGCCACCCGCCUCGUCGGCGAAGAAUACGAUGGAGACGGUGAAGGAUGUGGUCGGGCGGUGGGGGAAGAAGGUCGGCGAGGCCACGAGGAAGGGACAGGAUCUUGCGGGCAAUAUGUGGCAACACUUGAAAACAGGACCAAGCAUGGCUGAAGCUGCCAUGGGAAGAAUUGCGCAGGGAACCAAAGUUAUAGCAGAAGGUGGUUAUGAGAAGAUAUUUCAACAAACUUUUGAUGCACUUCCUGAAGAGAAACUAAAUAAGUCAUAUAUUUGUUAUCUGUCAACAUCUGCUGGACCAGUUAUGGGAAUUUUGUAUCUCUCUACUUCUAAGCUCGCAUUUUGUAGUGACAAUCCUUUGUCAUACAAAGUUGGAGAUCAAACUGAAUGGAGCUAUUAUAAGGUGGUGAUUCCUAUGCAUCAACUACGAGCAAUUACGCCUACUACAAGCAGCACAAACUCUGCAGAAAAAUACAUUCAAGUUGUCUCAGUUGACAACCACGAAUUUUGGUUUAUGGGUUUCGUGAACUAUGAUGGGGCUCUAACCUGUCUUCAGGAAGCAUUACAUGAUGCUCAUGACGCCCAACCCUAAUGAAAGCUUUCAUAUCUUUGUUGGCAUAACUUAUCUGAAGCUGCUGCUUUCUAUUGGGUGCAGAUAAUGUUGUGUUGAAUCAAUGAGCUUCACAUCUUUUGUGGAGUGAGAAAAAGAGGCACAUUUAUACAUUUCUCUGCCAUAGCUAUAAACUUUUACAGUGUUAAUUAUUUAAGUUAUUCUAAAUUUUUUUUUUCUCAAAUUAAUGUGAACUAGUACAAAUGUUGAUUACUAUGGUAAUCCUCAUGUUCACAAGUAUUGAAUAGAAGAAAUCUUGUGACUAUGCUGCAUC